GUAAACAUGCUUCCCACUUGGCUAACCGAGGAAUAUCUGCAGCCCAGAUUGAGGAGCUACUAUAAAGACGAUCAGCUGAAGAUCCUCAGGAUCUGGGCCAAGCCAGCAACUGGAAAAGGAGACAACUACGUGGGAGUUAUUGUCCGUGUUUAUGUGGACUAUCAGCAGGGUGAUGGAUCGGUUCAGAACAAAUCAUAUAUAGUGAAACAGGCCCUCACCCCGGAUGUUCCCCAGGCCAAAGUGUUUUACGAGUACGACGUCUACAAGCGUGAGAUGGACAUGUACGAAUUCAUUCUUCCCAAGAUGAAAGCGCUGCUCCAAGAAGCUGGCCUUACAGGGAAGCUCACUGCCGAUGCUAUCACUGUGGAUCGGGAAAAUAGCACUAUUAUCCUGGAAGACUUGGCGCAGUACAAAUACAUUAACACCGACAGAGUAAAGCAGAUGGAUCUGACCCACACCAAGCUGACUUUGGACCUGUUGGCCAAGUUCCAUGCUGCAUCAAUUGUUCUGCGACAGAGGCAUCAGGAACUCGUAACUGACUGUUUCUUCAUCAACUUCUUCUCACUUGGCAAAAAGGGAUACACGGAGGUCUUCACAGGACUAUUUAGGGCCUUCUUAAGGUUCAUAGAUGGGCAACCACAAUUAAAGCAAAGAUAUGGCAAGAAAUUGGAGAAAUUAAACGACCACAUUAUGGAGUAUGGAAAUAGGAUUUAUCAAGUGGAGGAGAACGAACUGCUAUCGUUGAUCCACAGCGAUUGCUGGACCACCAACAUUAUGUUCCAGUACGAUGAUUCUGGAUUACCGAAAACAGCCACUGCUAUAGACUUCCAAUUCAGCAACUACACCUCGCCUGCCCUCGAUUUGCACUACUUCUUCGCCACUUCUUUACGGGAAGAGGUUCUGGACAAGGAAUCGGAACUCGUGGAGCUGUAUUACAAUGCCCUGAAACAAAGCAUAGAGAAGCUCGCCUAUAAGGGUUUGUUCCCCAGUCUCCAGGAGUUCCUGCUUCAGUUCGAACGACGACGCUUCAUGAGUCUGUUGUCGAAUCUCUUCAAGCCUGUUAUUGUUUACAACGGCAGUGAACAGUCAUCGGACUUGUCCAACCUGUACACGGAAAACGAGGAGGGACUUGGGUUUCAAAAGGCUAUUUACGACAGUGAAGUGGUAAUCAGAAGUACUACCAGGUUUCUAGCCAUUCUUGAUAGCAAGGGGGUGUUGGAUCUUCAAUAGCCUCAAAAUAUAUUAUUUUGUUGUUGCCUUUAAUGGCAGAAAAGAUCACGGAAACAUACUUUAAGUAUGCAAU